CCCAGAACUGAAACCGUCAGAGUUCUGCUGCAGCAUCUACUGAACAAAUUUUCAGGACAUGAAGCCUGUCCCCCUCCUCCUGCUCCUGUCCUCCGUCCUCCUGUCCUCGCACCUCCGCCCCACCGCCGGCAGACCGCGCUUCUUCCCGGACGCCAGCGGCCGCCUCCACGCGCAGCGCCUGGACGAUGCGCUCCUGGAGGCGGCUGCUGCGGACGGCGCCGCCGCGUCGGACCUCCUGGGAGACCACGUCCUGAGGUUCCUCCAGAGGAGAGACCCGGACCGCCUCCACCUGGAGGAGAGCGUGGAGGAGGCGCUGAGGACCGCCGAGCAGCUGAAGCGCAGCGAGGAACCGCCGCUCUCCAUCGACCUGACUUUCCACCUGCUGAGGAAUAUGAUCCAGAUGGCCAAGAUGGAGAGCCAGCGCGAGCAGGCUCAGCUCAACCGUAAGGUGCUCGACGAGGUGGGGAAGUAA